GCCCAGUCAUUGACCGCUGACGCCUGCGGACUAGGCUGAAAAGGUAACCUGACAGUCGCGGGAUCGCACCGUAGCAUCAUCCCAUCAGUGAAUGUUGCUAUUCGGAGCCGUGCGGCCGCCCGGCUCACUUCAUUUAACAUUCCUCUGGCGUGCUCAGGUCUUCUUGCUCCCGUGACUACCACGAUGACCGUUCCUGUGUGCGGGGAGCUGCGGAUUCCAGGAACAGAGAGACGUCACCUUAUAUUCGUGGUCUAGCUCGCCGUUUCUUCCGUAUCUCUGCGAUGGUGACAUUGCAACUCGAAAUGGCCCUCCGUCGCGUUUUGGGCCAAUGAUUGAUCCCGCGCUUCAUAAGAUAUGUGCACGAUAGCAAUGGAGCUCAGUCGCGCCCGCUUGGUCGUCCUCCUCCGUCGUGUCUCCCAGUCCAGCCGAGAUGGUCGCCGACAUCAAGAGAGCUGAGCCUCGGGGACUGAAGCACCUCAUAUGGGACACAUGGGAGAAGCCUCCCGAAGAAAGGCGAUUCCUUGCUAGGCUUGACGCGUGCCUGCUGACCUAUGCGGCGCUGUCGUACUUCAGCAAGUACCUCGAUCAGCAGAACAUCACGAAUGCAUAUGUGUCAGGGAUGAAAGAAGAACUCGGCUUACAUGGCAAUGAGCUCAACUACAUCACCACCGCUUGGACAUGCGGAUAUGUGAUCGGCCAAAUCCCCUCCAACAUCCUGAUCACAAGAAUCCGUCCAUCGAUAUGGAUCCCCGUGAUGGAGGUGAUCUGGAGUGUCUUGACGAUGACCUUAGCCUCCGCCAAGAACUUUACCCACCUGGUUGUUAUUCGCUUCUUUGUCGGUCUCGCGGAGUCCACAUUCUAUCCCUCUAUGCAAUAUGUAGUCGGGAGCUGGUAUAAGCCUGACGAGCUCGGAAAGCGGGCGUGCAUCUUCCAUACUGCCAGCGCGAUCGGUCCGAUGAUUAGCGGGUUUCUUCAAACGGGCGCCUACGACGGCCUCAAUGGCAGAUUUGGUCUUGCGGGCUGGAAGUGGCUGUUCAUUAUUGACGGGAUCAUUACCAUCCCUAUCGCUCUUUUCGGUUUUAUCGUAAUGCCUGACUUGCCUUCCAACACGUCGCCGUCAUUCAUCUAUUCGAAGGAGCAAAUAGAAUUAGCGCAACGCAGAAUGGAGGAAGUUGGCAGAAGGCCACCGGCUCGCUUCACGAAGCGCAAGGUGCUGGGGUUUUUCAAGACGUGGCAUCUCUAUUUGCUGACUCUUCUAUAUAUCCUGUUCAACAACGGUGGCAAUCCGUCAUCCUCGAUGAUAUUCUGGCUCAAGAGUUUCAACACGUCUGAACGUACUGUCUACACUAUCGCCCAAAUCAAUACGUAUCCGUUGCCGAUAUAUGGCGUGCAGGUCGUGACAACUCUCGCCUGGGCCUGGUGGUCGGAUGCUGUCAGAGCGAGGUGGCCGCCGAUGGUCGUGGCAGGUUUAUGGAACAUGGUGGUGUGCAUCGUGCUCGCCGCUAGUCCUGUGUAUCAGCACAUCACAAGGCGAUGGGUUUUCUACUACAUGACGUUGGUAACUGGGGGCCUGUCUGGCCUGAUCCUAUCGUGGGCGAACGAGCUCACCGGGCAUGACAGCGAGAAACGCGCAUUCGUGGUUGCUUGCUGCAAUACCUUUGCCUACGUCGUGCAGACGUGGUUCCCAACCGUGCUGUUUCCUCAGGUGGAACAACCACGUGUGCUGAAAGGUAACAUCGCCACAGCUUGCGUGAACUUCGCUAUGGUCUGCACCGCUCUCCUCGUCCUCUUCCUAUCACGCCGCGACGCAAAACGGGCCGCAGCGCGGGAAAUACAAAGCGAAACCGAUGAUGGGAAGGAAGACGACGAGAACGUCAAGAUCGACAAAGUUGAUGAUCCGGGGGUGGAGGUGGAAGAACUAGAAUCUGGAGCCGUGGCAAGAAACCUAUAGACUGUCAUUAACACAUCUUUUAUAUCGAGUAGCUCGAAUGGCUGGUGCAUACAGAUGGAAAGCGACCAAGGGAGAUGUAUGACCUUGUUCGCUUGUACGUUCGUCGUUAAACAUCGGUGAACAAGCU